CACUAUGACUCCUCCCUGGAAUACGAGGUCCGGUGGUACGUAUCUUCCAGUCCCUGUGCAGCCUGCUUCACCAAGAUGGCCGAUGUCCUCAGACUGAGAAAGAAUCUCCGCCUCUACCUCCUCAUGUCCCGCCUCUUCCUGUGGGAGGAGCCUGAGAUAAAGGUGGGCCUGCGGUGCCUGGCGUCACUGGGUGUGAGGAUAAGGAUGAUGAAGCCGUCUGACUUCUUGUCUGUCUGGGAAACGUUUGUAGAGAAGGAGGAGGACAUGACCUUUAACCCCUGGGAGGACUGUCAGGACAACUACCAAUACUACCAGUACAGACUCAACACCAUCCUCAAGUGCAGUCAAAACCAUUUCACACCCCCACACCCUGACUACAACUACAACCCCAUCUACAUGUCCUCCAACCCCAUCUACACGUUCUCCAACCCCAUCUACACAUCCUACAACCCCAUCUACACGUUCUCCAACCCCAUCUAAACAUCCUCCAACCCCAUCUACACGUCCUACAACCCCAUCUAAACAUCCUCCAACCCCAUCUAAACAUCCUCCAACC